GGGUGGAAAAGUAAUUUUCUCUUCUCCCCAAACCUGACAAGUAAUGACACGUGCACACAUGGAUUAACCCUGUUGCCGCAUGGCAGUCAUCAAUUGGAGCAAAGGACCAAUACCAAACGAGAUAACCGCACACUACCAAAAAAGGAACGAAUUUGAAUUCGAGAAAAAGAAACCAAAUUAAGCAAGCGCGCGCCAAACACAGAAAACGCACCUCCCCCUCUCGUUUUCAAAAAACCUCUCCUUCUGUCUCAAUUUCAAUUCCAGAUACCACAAGAAAAUACCCCUCACUCAAAACUCAAAAAUGUCAACAGCGAAAACAAGCUCCAAAAAGCGAGUUGCCGAGUCGUUACUCACCAAACCGGCUUCCAAAUUCCGAGUCGAGGACGAGUUUGAUCCCGAUCUCUCAAGCGAUAUCAAGGGGAUUAUGUCGGCGCUACACCAGAUCAGAGAGAAAGCUCAAAAGGACGGUCUGAAGAAGAACGAGCAGACGAUUUCUAGUGUGGGCUCUGAGAUCAAGUCUAUGAUUGAUGAAUUGAAGUCUAAAAUCGAGAAGGACAGGCAAACUUUUGCGAAGGCACUCUCAAAGAGCUCAAAAGAGUGUGAAAAUUGCUUGAAGAGUGAGACUGCCAAGUUUCAAGAGAUAUAUGACAAGUUUUGCAAAGAGAAGGAAGCUCAUUUGCAGGCCCUGAAAGAUACUGUUUCCAAAUUCGAGGAAGACAAGGAAAGGCUGUGUAUGAGAUAUGAACAAAUGAGGAAGAAAGAGAAAAGCAUGAUAUCUGAACAUGAGAAAACCUGUGCUGAUAAAAUUGCUAAAUUGGAGGAAUCAUUGAAAAAGAAAAAGCAGGAUGACAAGACUUUCAGCAUUUUGAGGAAAAGCCUCGGCUCAUUCCUGGAAGAUGCUUCAGAUGAGGACUUCCCUCCUGAUGAUUGAAGGUUGCAUAUCUGCAUUAGUUUUCAUCACCCCAAGCAUUUAACUGUGAAUACCCAAUUCCUUCCUUUCCAAAGUCAAUCUAGUUUACAAUAUACUGCCCCUAGGAAACUCGUAUGCAUUCUGCUUCCAGCAUUCUCCUCGUUCAUGUUCAUGUGUCAAUUUAACUUUUACUUGGGUCUAAAUUUUGGAUGUAAUCUAAUUUUGUUGCAGGAGGUGAUUAUCUCUUAAUAUCCUCUAUUACUAUAAUGGCAAGGAGGACAUGACUAGUUCAAUGUUGCAUACGCACCUGCUGGUGGUUGUAGCUACCCUUGUCAGGCUACGUAUUUCCUCUUACUUUUCACGUUCUGGCCAACGAUAACAGCUGAAAAUUCUGUGGUAAGAGAGUUGUUUGGUGAGACUUUGGAAAAUAUCAAUUAAUGACUACAGUAAUGAAUCAAGUAGUUUGGUGAGGCAACAGGAGUUCUUUGUUGGAGUUCGUAGUUAGUCACAGAAGUAAUUGACGUUAAAAAAAAUAAAAUUAAUUUAGGUUUGGCGAGACAUAAAAAUCAUGCUUUCCAGGAGUUUGAAUGCUUCGAGUUUCAUUAUUUUCGAAGUUUCUAAAGUCAAUUAUUCAUCAUUUUGUGGAGGACUAUAAUUCAACAUGAAUUGACAUGGUGAUUUUCAAAUAGAUCUCCGUUCAGAUUGGGAUCCACACAUACGUGUGAUUAUAAGAAUGUGGGAUCCCAUAAUUUCUGGACGAACCUAAGAAAGUGCCCUAGCUAUUGGGUUUGUAGUAUUCAUUGAGUCCGAACAAAUUCUUACAUUAAUUUUGCCCCCAAACAA